AUGAAUGAGCAAGAGACAACGGUGGGUGGCGAUGUAUCCAUCAAAUUGGAGGAAGGCAAGCCACUUAAGCUGUCACGCUCGACUACGCAAAAAGUCGAGAAACGAGCGGCACGGCUCUGGUUCGACCACGAGGAUGCGACGGCCGAGGCCUGCUCGACUUUCGACAAGUUAACCGAAUGCACAUACGCAAAUAAGAAUUUGGGCAUCACAGAACAUGCGUUGGAGUGUGAUUGCUCGGAGGAGUGGGAUGGCGCAACGCGGACGAAUCAAGCAUGCGGCGAGGACUCAGAUUGCAUCAACCGCGCGACCAAAAUGGAAUGCGUCGGGGACUGCUCCUGUGGCACUGGCUGUCAGAAUCGGCGCUUUCAACACAAGCAGUACGCGGAUGUUGCAGUCAUUAAGACGGAGAAGAAGGGCUACGGUCUACGCGCCAACACCGAUUUACGUCCAAAUGACUUCAUCUUCGAGUAUAUCGGCGAGGUGAUAGGAGAGAAUGUCUUCCGGAGACGAAUGCAGCAGUACGACGAGGAAGGCAUCAAGCAUUUCUACUUCAUGUCGUUAACGAAGGGCGAGUUCGUCGACGCCACCAAGCGAGGCAAUCUCGGUCGCUUUUGCAAUCACUCUUGCAACCCCAACUGUUACGUGGACAAAUGGGUUGUUGGGGACAGGCUGCGGAUGGGCGUUUUUGCCGAACGCAAGAUUGAGGCAGGAGAAGAGUUGGUGUUCAACUACAAUGUAGACCGGUAUGGCGCUGAUCCACAGCCGUGUUAUUGUGGCGAGCCGAAUUGUACAGGGUACAUUGGUGGCAAGACACAGACAGAACGAGGCACGAAACUCUCCAAUGCCAUCAUCGAAGCGCUGGGUAUCGAAGACGCCGAAGCAUGGGACACUGCUGUGGCGAAGCGUCCUCGCAAGAAAAAGGCAGGCGAAGACGACGAAGAAUAUGUCAACAAUGUCGAACCAAGAGGCUUGGAUGAGGAGGGCGUCAACAAAGUCAUGUCGUCUCUGAUGCAGUGCAAGGAGAAAUGGAUUGCAGUGAAGCUUCUCACUCGGAUACAGCGUGCGGAAGACGACCGCGUACGCAACCGUGUCGUGAGAUUUCACGGCUAUCGAAUUCUUAAGACAGCCCUUACUAAUUUCAAGGACGAUGUCAAUGUCUGCAUCCAAAUUCUGGACAUCCUCGACAAAAUGCCGAGACUCACACGCAACAAGAUCCAAGAUUCCAAUAUCGAAUCAACAAUCACGGAGCUAGCCGCCGUGGAGAACCAAGGUGUGGCAUCCCGGGCACAGGCACUGGUCGAUGCUUGGGCGAAAUUAGAGAUCGCCUAUCGAAUCCCUCGAGUGAAGCGAGAUCCCAAUGCCGCUUUGCCUGAUCGGAAGUUGGACAGGUUAGAAAGACGAGGCGAAGACAGACGGCGAAGCAAGUCAAGGACGCGUUCGCCGGAGAGAAUCCACGCACCUACGGGACCACGCAACAAUGCACCGUCAAGGCCGUCCGCCUUUUUUUCCAAUCCACGACCAUCACGACCACGUCCCACCGCACCGAUGGGUGCUCUACCCGUCGGUUGGUUCGAGGCGACGGCGGCCAAUGGAUCAAAAUACUAUUACAAUCAGACCGGCGAUACCACAUGGCAAAGGCCAACUAUGCCCACUCUAUCGGCGCCUCCGCCACCGCCGCCGAAGGUGGUCUCAGACCAACAAGUUCUGUCCGAUUUGAUCAAGAAUAUUGUCUCUUCGAAGAAGGAAUCCAGCAAGAAUCCAUCUGCGACUGCCACGCCGGUUGAGACGCCCAAAAAGGAGCGCAAGGAGGAUAAAUGGCGCUCUUUGCCAGAAGACAAGCAGAAAAAGCUGUACGAGAGCGCGUUGCAGCCUCACAUCAUGCAUGUUGUUGGCAAAUUUAAGCACAAGCUUCCUAAAGACGAUUUGAAGCGCUGGGCCAAGGAGUUCGCGAAGCAGGUUGUCAACUCCGACUUCAAAAAGAAACGCGUUGAGGACGUGCACAAGAUCAGUGACAAGAAAGCCAAAGAAGUCAAAAAGCACGCACAAGUCUUCUUUGAUAAGGCAGUGAAAAAGAAAGGGGCUGCCGAGAAGAAGAAGGUGGAAAAGAAGGCCCUUAAAGAGCAAGACGGAGACGCCGCCGUCGGCUCUCCACAAGCUGAUGAGGGCAGCCCGACGCUUGAAGACAUCGAGGAGGCCCUCUCUGAUCACGAUAUUGAGGAGAACGGAGCAGAGGCAACGCCUGCGGAGUCUACGGAUAGCUUCAUGGUCAAACGCAGGAGAGACGACGAAGUAACAGAUGACGAGACUGCGGAGCAGCUGCUCAAAAGACAACGGGUGGAACUCGAAGAUGCGCCACCGCCACCCCCGCCACCGCCGCCGCCCGCGGAGACUGGAUUGUCGAAUGGAGCAGACGGUGAGGAAACUGAUGUCGUCGCUGCUGUUAUAAGCGGAGAUCAGGACCAUCAAUUGAGCAACGGCGGCGACGACUUCGACGCUCACAGUGCUACCGGAUUGAUGGCCGUCACAAUCUCCAAGCCUGACCUGGAACCUUCCCAGGUAGCGACACCGCCAACCACCGGCUCGCCUGACCAGGGUGACGCAGAGAUCGAGAAGUAG